CUUGGUAUCGUCUGAUAGUGCCCUCGCCUUGUCUUUUGUCUUUUUGUUUUCAGCAUUCGAACAAGUCAAGUUACACAGAAGGAUUGAUUGUUUGGCUAAGCCUCGUCUAUAACAGCCAUGAUUACGGCGGCUUGUAGUCGGCGAACUCUCCCCUCGUUCUACAGAACAUCAGCGAGGCAAGCGUCUCGGACAUCGAGACCAACAAGAUGGAACAUCCAGACACCCCUCCAGCGAAGAUGGCGCAGUGCAGCACCUAGACCCGGUGAGGGGCCCUUCAUGGAGCGACGUGCAGACAGGGACCUGCCAGAUCUGGCCAGUACAAAGUUCCGAUGGUCCCGUUCACUUCCCAUAUUCAUCCUCAUCGUAGCGGCAUCGAGCCUCGCCAUCUUCAACUACCAAAAGUCCUCCUCCCCCAUCGUGUCGUCGACACUGUACUCACUCCGCGUUUCGCCCCGCGCCCGCGAGAUCCUCGGCGACAAGAUCUAUUUCAAGCACCAGAUUCCCUGGAUAUCAGGAGAGAUGAACCAGCUCCACGGGCGCAUCAACAUCAGCUUCCCCGUCAAGGGAACCCGUGGGGAGGCCAUCAUGCGGUUCCAGAGCUAUCGCCUGUCCCACAAGGGCAUGUUUGAGACGACUGAGUGGAGUCUCGAGACCCCAGACGGCCAUAAGAUCGACUUGCUCGAUGGCGCGGAUCCAUUCCGGGGCAUUGUGGGGAGUCGGAAUGAAGAGGACGAGGCCACGACCAGGGGUUUUAGGCAGACGACGUUCAAAUAGACCCUCGAGGAUCCAAUGUAUCGGGCACUGGGGUGGAUGGUGGAAGCGUGGGAUAAAAGCGUGGGACUCGAGCGUAGUUUUGGGACAGGACGCUUACGGGAAGGGAAAAGUCGCCUACCCCCCUCGUGUUUUCUGUCGGGAGGCAUCGAUAUAGCGCCUCACACCCGAUUGACCUACAUGUACAACAUGUAUGUGUAUUGUACAAAAUUAUAUCUAUCUCCUUCCAUGUUAUCCACCCCUUCCCGCAUGGGGGUUGAUCAAUUUUGCCAUCCGUGGCGCGUGUCCCCCAUUUCCAC